AUGACGUCCAAGCAGAAGUACACGAACCCCCAGCUCUGCCAGGGCCUCAAGCUGCACCAGGUUCCGAUGAAACUCGCGACGAAUGAGAACCUCAAGGGCAUGGGCGUCGUCGUCGACGACCCCGAGGACUUCACGGUCGAGAAGAGGACCUUCGAGAUCGCCACCUGGCCCACGAGCGGCUGGCGCAAGAUGGACCCGGGCUGCGGCGACGAGGCGGGCACCUGCGAGGGCAAAUUCGACAUUUACUGGGACGGCGACUUGCUCUACGGGAAGAACCACUCGAUCGCGACGACGUCGAACCACUACCUGCUGGGCUACGGGAAGGAGCCCACGGCCUGCGUCAAGGCGCGGCGCGGCGAGGGCCCGGCGGAGUCGCCGGAGACGGUCCGGCUGUGGUACAGCGACUACCACCCGGACGGCGGCCAGCUCUUCUUCCCCGAGGACGGCCAGCCGUUCGUGACGAACCUCGCGCCGCCGCUCGGCGACGACGUGAAGCCGAGCGACUUCACGGCCUUUUACGUGCCCGCGGGCAAGGGCUGCUACAUCCACCCGGGCGUCUGGCACAACGCGGUCUACACGCACCCGAGCACGGGCACGGACCGCACGUUCUUCAACCGCCAGGGCCGCGUGCACGCGCGCAUCUCCGUCAACUGGGCCGAGGAGUUCGGCGUCCUCAUGCAGGUGCCGCUCACCUGGCCGCCGAAGGCGUCCUUCUUCUCCGCGGAGUGA